AUGGCUCAACUCAACUGUCCACCCUGUACGCCGUGCGCUUCCGUGUGUAUUGAACAUCAACCGAUUCAAACAGAAACUUCCGUCGAUAAUCCGUUUCAUAAACCCAGGGAACCAACGGAUGCGGACAUUCAUGCAUACCAGCAAGAGCUGCAAACGAGUCCCGUCGGAUUGCCUGCGAGUGAUCCACCUCCGUACCUUCCGCAACGGGUCGGUAAUUCGGACGGGUAUCCUUUGGCGAAACCGAUGGGACCGAUUGGUCCUUGGGCGACAGGCCGAGUCGAUUGGGGCGCACUUUCCGGUCAAACCGGAACACGUCCCGUGGUCAAUCAGUACUCAAUUACGCGCUACAGCGUAGACGAAUGGCGCCAGCGGAAUGCGAACAUGAUAAAUGCAUGCGAAUCCACUGUCGACCAAAGCGUGCAGGUGGAAAAUGCAAGCAAAAAUACCAUCAUCCGUACGUACGCUAUAGCGGACAAGACGCAAACGGAUUGCACACACAGUUUGCACGUGCGGGCCAAAAAUAUUGACAAUUUAAAAUGUGAACUGAAUCGCGCCAUUUCUAGCAUGCAGGAAGAAAUUGCAGCCCUGGAACGACAACGGCGACGUUUGAAGCAGUCACUAGCCGUACUUCGUAUGCCAGAAGCUAUCGCGAACGAAUGUUUGGAACGCCGUACAGGACGCCCGGACACGGAGCUGAUUCGCGAUCGACCGGAAGAAGAACUGAUACAAGAGAUCAGUUUGAUUUCAGAGAUUAAAGCGAUUCUACUUCAGACGCUUGCCAACAUUGAGCAACAACAGAGCGAUAACCGGGCCGUACGGCAGCGGAUGGAAUUUGAUUGGAGCGAGAAAAAGGUGGCUCACGAAAACGAUGCCAUUAAUUGCAAUCUUCGCAACCAGUCAACGAACACGUUGUUCAAACCCGGUGCUACCAGAUGCUCGAAUGAGCAAUCGACAGAAAUUUAUUGGGAAAAAUUUACACGUGAAACGCUAGACUUGUACCAGAACUGUCGUCAUAAAUCGGAACAGUUACGGAAUACACUGGAUGCGAUACUUUCGAACGCUGCUAGAGAUUUGCGUACACAGGCCGAUAGUGUGGAGCGAGCACUAGCUACGCGUAUCUCAUGCAUGGAAGAAAUACGAGAAAAACUAGAGAUAGAUCUUCGGACGAUUUUGCAGCGUUUGGCCGACACCGAAAUACAAAUCGAAAAGCUAAGAGUAGCCAUAAGAAACAUGGAUUACUCAAUGAUGGUUGUGCAAACGCGUCUCGAUAAUCGUAACCAACGUCCGAGAGUGGAAAACUGUCGAGAUCAGCCGCAAAAUUUACUGAUUGCCGAGGUUAAGUCGCUUGAGGUGGGAACUUCAGCGAUGAACGCUCAGCUCAAACAGGAGGAGGACGUAAAGCAAGAGCUUGUCAACCGUCGCAAUGAGUUGGAACGGGAAAUCAUGCUAAAGCGGCGCACUAUCGCAAUCGAUCGAGACCGGUGCCAGCUGCUGCGGUCGCAUUUUCCAUCAUCCACUGCUUUGAGUGGUUACUGAAU